UGUUGACACCUGAGCUUCAGCUUUAGGUUGAGCUCUUCGGCUCUUCCGACUUAUCUGACUCUUCAGUGGUUUCAGUUUCGGUUGGGGUAGCGACUACAUAUGCGACUGGCACUAGCACUGGAUCUGCCGCUCUGCACAUUUAAAUUCAAUACACAGCUGAGCGUUCACACGAGUGUAUGGUUCGGCGGACUGGGAUUUCGAUUACUAUUGUAAGAGUGAUUGUGAUUGCGUAGAGUAAACCUCUCUCUCCACGCGGUUUCGCAAGUCAGUCAAUAAUCAAUUGAUCGAUCGAUUAACUGCCGAUGCAGUGGACAGCGUUCACGCUGUGGGCAGUGCUCGGCUGUUGUUCUACUAAGGCGGAGAACUCUGCGCCGGAGCGCCAGGCCUGCGACAUUCCCAAUGAGGCGAAGAGAGGCGUGUGCGUCCAGGUGAGCCAGUGCGCCGCCUAUCUACAGGUGCGAAAUGUCACCAAUCUGCCAGCUGAGAAGGUGAACUUCCUGAAGAAGGUGCAGUGCGAAAUGGAGAUCCACGGACAGGAGGAGGACUCCUAUGAGUCGCUCGUCUGCUGCCCGGCCAAUGGGCAAGACUAUCUCUUCCCGGCUCUGCAGUUUUCCAAGUUCGAGUAUCGGCGCUUCCUGGACGUCACGGCCAGAUUCAAGCGGAAGAAGCUGAAGCGGCGCAUCCACACGGUAGAGCCGACCACGGGAUUCAAUCUGCUCAACGAGUGUGGCAAGCAGGUGACGAAUCGCAUCUACGGUGGAGAGAUUGCCGAGCUGGAUGAGUAUCCCUGGCUGGCCCUCCUGGUCUACAAUUCAAAUGACUAUGGUUGCAGUGGGGCGCUGAUUGACGAUCGUCAUGUUCUGACUGCCGCCCACUGUGUCCAGGGCGAGGGAGUGCGUCAACGUCGAGGCCUAAAGCACGUUCGCCUGGGGGAAUUCAAUGUGAAGACCGAACCGGACUGCAUCGAAGAGCCCAAUUAUCUCAGCUGCGCGGAUGCUGCCAUGGACAUUGGAUUCGAGCGGAUUCAUGUGCAUCCCGAAUACAAGGAGUAUUCCCACUACAAAUUCAAUGACAUAGCCAUCAUCCGGCUGAAACAUCCAGUCUCCUUUACUCACUUUAUCAUGCCCAUCUGUCUGCCGAACAAGACAUCACCUUUGCCCUUAGCAGAAGGCCAAAUGUUCUCCGUCUCCGGCUGGGGCCGAACGGAUCUAUUCAACAAGUAUUUCAUCAACAUUCACAGCCCCAUAAAGUUGAAGUUGCGAAUUCCAUACGUAUCAAACGAGAACUGCACUAAAAUCCUGGAUAUGUUUGGUGUGCGUCUGGGCCCCAAGCAAUUGUGUGCUGGAGGAGCUUACGCCAAGGACACCUGCGCCGGGGAUUCCGGAGGCCCACUCAUGUACUUUGAUCGCCAGCACUCGCGCUGGGUGGCCUAUGGAGUCGUCAGCUUUGGAUUCACGCAGUGUGGCAUGGCCGGUAAGCCCGCUGUCUACACGAACGUGGCCGAGUACACGGAUUGGAUCGCUGGCGUUCUGCUGCAGGAGCAGAAGCCGCAACAGCAGCAGUCACCAAUCUCUUGACGUCAGAUUUCGGGGGCUCCAACAAUUGGCGCCUAAUGACAGCCCAGAUCUGUUUGUACAUAUUUUGCUAAUUAUCUAACAGAUAUCAACUAUUUGACUAAGCGUGUGAGUGAAUGAGUAUGAGUGCUGGUUGGAAUGUAUGUGCGAGUGUGAGUGUGUGUAUCUGUGACUGUGCGCUAACAAAAGUCUGAAA